AUGAAAGUCGCUUUGGUAACGGGUGCUUCCUCGGGUAUCGGUGCGUCGGCCGCCGAAUUCCUUGCCAAAGACGGGUUUUUCUUGUCGCUGAGUGGACGCGUCGAAGAGGCACUCAUCAAGACACGUGAUGCGUGCAUUGUACAAGGAUGUCCCAGCGAUAAGAUAAUUUACACCGUUGGCGACAUUAACGAGGACUCCGUGCAAAAGGAUUUCGUCCAGCGAACGAUCGAAAAAUUCGGACAAAUCGACACUUUGAUUAACGCGGCCGGUAUUCUGGUGAAUGGCACAGUUCUCGAUUGCCCAAUGGAGGAAUAUGAUCGGCAGAUGCUUGUCAACGUGCGAAGCCUCAUCUCUGUCACUCGAGUCGCUUUGCCAGAAAUCAUCAAAACCAAAGGCACCAUCGUCAAUGUGAGCAGUGUGGCCGGCACGAAUGCGUUCCCCGGUGUCACGUAUUACUGUAUCUCGAAAGCGGCCGUCGAUCAAUUCACCAAAUGUUUGGCCCUCGAAAUGGCUUCAAAUGGGGUUCGAGUGAAUGCGGUCAACCCUGGUGUCAUCGUGACUGAUAUUCAUCGGCGAGCCGGUCAAGACGAGGAAACUUAUCGAAAGUUUCUCGAGCACUCGGCCGAAACACAUGCACUCGGAAGACCGGGAACGGUUGAUGAGGUUUCCCGUGCCAUCGUUUUCCUGGCCGGACCCGCCAGCUCAUUCACCACCGGUCAUCUACUCGCCAUCGAUGGUGGCCGUGGAAUCAUGACUCCUCGA